UAAAUGCUAAAUAGUUGUGCCUCUUAAUUGAAUCGUGUUGAUCUCGCAUUUGAAUCUAUUAACAUGCAGGGUCACGGGAUGUGUUUGAAACUCUUUCUUGCAAUUGCGCUGCUUUUGCUACAGUGCGUCCAAGGCGGAGAAGUUAGUCGCAACCACAGGGAUGCUAAUGUGACUGGGAGGUGCAUAGAGAAGGAAAGGCAAGCACUCCUUGCAUUCAAACGUGGCCUGGUGGAUAAGUCCGAUCUCCUCUCUUCAUGGAGUUCAGAAGCCCAGAAACAAGAUUGUUGCAGAUGGAUAGGAGUCUCUUGUAGCAACCAAACAGGUCAUGUUCUUCAACUUGACCUUUCAUACAAAGUUGUGGGCGCACAUUCAUGGGAUAAUUCUUUAUUGGAAGGUAAGAUGAUUAGUCCUGAACUGAUUGAGUUGCAGCAUUUACACCAUUUGGACCUUCGUGGGAUUAGUUUCAAUGGGAGACAAUUUCCAGAUUUCAUUGGUUCUCUAUCCAAUUUAAGAUACCUUGAUAUGUCUAACACUCUUUUUGGAGGCAAGUUUCCAAGUCAGGUCGGAAAUCUUACGAACUUGCAGCAUCUGGACUUGAGUUUAAAUGACUUUACAAAUGCAGAAAAUCUUGAUUGGCUUCCUCUUCUUUCGUCAUUAAGAUAUUUGGACUUGAGUUGGUUGAAUCUCAGCAAUGUUUUCGAUUGGCCGGAAGCCAUUAAUAAGCUUCCUGAACUAACAAACUUGACACUAUGGGAGUGUGAUCUUCCUUCUCCAAUUCUUUCCACUCUUUCUUACAUAAACUCUUCUAAAUCUCUUGCUAGCGUUGACCUUUCUUCCAACCAAUUGAGUACUUCUUCAAUAUUUCUAUGGUUGUCCAACUAUAAUACCAGCCUUGUUGAUCUUGACCUCUCUAAUAACCUUCUAGCUGGUUCAAUUCCUGAUGUUUUGGGAAACAUGAGCUCUCUGGCGCAUCUUAAUCUCUUGGACAACCAACUUGAAGGAGGGGACCCGCAUUCUUUUUCCAGAUUAUGUAGUUUGCAAUCAUUGGAUCUUGCAACGAAUCGUCUGAAUGUGAGUGGACAACUUGCUAAGUUUGUUCAAAUAUUAUUCUCUACAUGUGCUCAAAACUCAUUGGAGAUUUUGGAUCUCUCUUGGAAUGGUCUUGCAGGGUCAUUACCUGAUCUUACAAACCUUUCAUCUUUGGAAGUCUUGUGUCUAAAUGACAAUAAAUUCAGCGGAGUAAUUUCAGGAACUCAUUUCUCAAAACUCUUCAAAUUACGGGUUUUGGUUCUCUCUUCGAAUGAUCUUGCAGGGUCAUUACCUGAUCUUACAAACCUUUCAUCUUUGGAAAUCUUGCAUCUUUAUAACAAUCAAUUAAGCGGAGGGAUACCUGAAAGUAUAGGGCGAAUGUCGAAGCUCAAUACUAUUGAUUUUCACAUGAAUUCUUUGGAAGGAGUGAUUUCAGAAACUCAUUUCUCAAAACUCUCCAAAUUACAGGUUUUGGAUCUGUCUUCUCAAAACUCUUAUAACUCACUAGUUUUAGACAUCCAUGCUGAUUGGAUUCCACCUUUCCAACUGGACCGUAUAAUUUUGCGGUCUUGCAAGAUUGGUCCGGGUUUCCCAGAGUGGCUUAAAACUCAAAAAAAAUUCUCAUACCUUGAUAUUUCUGAUGUCGGAAUUUCCGACAUUCUUCCAAGUUGGUUUUGGAGUUCAUGUCAUAAUGUGAUAUUUAUGAAUCUCACAAGCAACCAAAUUAGAGGUACAUUUGCAGAUUUGACAUUGGAAUUUUCACAUUCCCCUGAACUACAUCUGAGUUCGAACAAGUUGGAAGGUCCAAUCCCCUCAGUUCUAUCAACAGCCUCAUAUCUGGAUCUCUCUUAUAAUAAACUUUCAGGGUCAAUUUCGUUCUUGUGUUCAAGUGCAGCUAUUGGUUUAUUCUUUCUUGACCUCUCAAGCAAUAAUGUUUCUGGACAAGUUCCAGAUUGCUUGACACAUUUGGAAAAUCUAGUCAUGCUUGAUUUGAGUUAUAAUGCUUUAUCCGGGAAAAUUCCUACAACAAUGGGCUCCGUAUUUCAGAUUGAAACACUCAAAUUGAGAAGCAAUAGAUUUGUGGGACAAUUGCCUUCGUCGUUGAAGAAUUGCACGAGUUUAGUACUCAUUGAUGUUGGGGAUAAUAAAUUAUCCGGACCCAUACCUAAAUGGUUAGGGGUUAGCUUAAAUUAUUUGGUUAUCCUGAUGCUUUCGUCUAAUCACUUCAAUGGAAGCUUGCCCACACAAAUUUGCCAUCUAACAGACAUUCAAAUUUUGGAUUUCUCCAUGAACAACAUCUCUGGAAGCAUACCCAAAUGCCUCAACAAUUUAACUACUCUGGCUCAGAAAGGAAAUCCAAGUCUGGACAUCGAACAUCUUCCCGCCGCAGCACCUAUUUCAAAUUCUUAUGAUAUUUCUUAUGAUAGUGAUGAAGGUCAAUAUGAGGAUAAUGCAACCUUCAUAUGGAAAGGAAGAAUGCAAUCAUACAAAAACACUUUGGGGCUUGUGAAGAUAAUUGAUUUGUCAAGCAAUAGAUUGACAGGAGAGAUUCCAAGUGAAAUCACUCAUCUUGUUGGGUUGGUUUCUUUAAACCUAUCGAGAAACCAAUUAACAGGUCAAAUAACUCCAGAGAUUGGAAACUUGCAGUCACUGGAUGUCCUUGAUUUAUCAAGAAACCAGAUAGAAGGACGAAUUCCAACAAGCCUUUCCAGGAUAGAUCGUCUUGGUUUCUUGGACUUGUCAUUUAACAACUUAUCUGGCGAAAUUCCAAUCGGGACUCAGCUCCAAAGCUUUGAUCCCUCUGUUUAUGCUGGAAAUCCUCAACUCUGUGGACCUCCACUUAAGAAGAUGUGUGCUGCUCAACAUGUGCAAACUGACUUGAGCAAUCAAGAGGAUGAUAAUGAUGAGCUUGUAACACUGGGAUUUUACAUCAGUAUGGGGGUUGGGUUUGCAGCUGGAUUUUGGGGAAUUUGCGGCACUUUGAUAUUCAAGAGGUCAUGGAGAUACGCAUACUUCAAGUUCCUGAAUGGUUUAAAUGAUUGGCUUUAUGUGAGAGUAGGCUACUCUGAGUAGCUUUGAUCAAGCGGCAAGUCAAGGAUAUGCUGAAUAGCUAAGCUCUUUAGCUCCAGCAUCUUCAGAGUCGGAGGCAACCUCCAUGCGUCAGUUGACUUGAAGAGUGCAUAGUUGCCAUGGAAGCAAUGAUAUAUCUGCACAAGUUUUCUAGUAUUGGUUUAAAUGAUUGGCUUUGUUUGUAUUAAUAUUAAUAAGGAUUUGUUACUGUAUCUUUGUUUCUAAGCAAUUAUGUAGUGGGAAUUUUCCUUGGUAAAUAAUUUGUUAGUGUGUCUUGUUUGUAAGCAAUUUUGAAUAGGACUUCUCCAAACAAUUGUUUGCCAUGAAUUUUAUUUUCUGCAGAAAGCCAAUUAUGAAUAGGUAUCCUCUGUUUUUCAUCAGAAAUA